AUGAGCAAACCCAAAACCCAAAGGAAACCAACCAUUACUACACAUGUCAGCCAAAACCAAAACCAAGAGCCACAGAAAGCAGAGAAACAACCUUCAUGGGUGGUAAGAGGCCUAUUGGCUUGCAGGAAUGUCCAAAUCCAACAACAUCAGCAGCAGCAGAAGGAAGCAAAACCACCCCCAGAAGCAAAAGAACAACACAGGAAAAAACAGGAACAGAGAAAGCUGCAAGAGGAACGAGUCCCGGAAGAAAACAGCAAGAAAUGCAAGAAGAUGAAAUGUUCAGGUUCGCUUUGUAACAACACCAAGAUCACGGCAAAACCUGACACAUCAACCCCAGAUGUCCACAAGAAAAGGUUGUCUCUAAAUGGAUGCAACAACAAUGAAGCUUCCAGCAGAUCCAUGAAAGCACCUCUUACUGAACUCAAUGGAACCGUGUCAGCUUCUUCUUCUUCAUUAUCAGCAUCUUCUACUUCUUCUGGCGCUGGCUCUUUCAGGGGAAUGCCAUUCAGGAGACUUUCCGGUUGUUAUGAGUGCAGAAUGGUCGUAGACCCAGUUCUAGGCUUCACUAGAGACCCUUCUCUCAGGAGUAGCAUUUGUUCUUGCCCUGACUGUGGUGAGAUCAUGAAAGCUGAAAGCUUGGAGCAUCACCAGGCUGUCAAACAUGCAGUUUCUGAACUGGGUCCAGAAGACACCAGCAAGAACAUAGUUGAAAUAAUAUUCCAUUCCAGCUGGCUGAAGAAGCAAUCUCCAGUGUGCAAAAUAGACCGCAUCCUCAAGGUCCACAACACCCAGAAAACCAUUACCAGAUUCGAAGAGUACAGAGACUCCAUAAAAGCCAAGGCCACGAAACUCCCUAAGAAACACCCACGUUGCAUAGCAGAUGGCAACGAGCUACUCAGGUUUCACUGCACCUCCUUCGCGUGUUCUCUAGGCCUAAACGGGUCUUCCAACUUGUGCAACUCAAUACCACAGUGCAACGUGUGCAGCAUAAUCAAGCACGGGUUCAAGGUCACUGGAGGAACCGGUAUCUUGACAACGGCAACGAGUGGGAAGGCUCACGACAAGGCGUGUGUGGACAAGAGUGAGGAGAAGAGGGCAAUGCUGGUUUGUCGGGUGAUAGCAGGAAGGGUGAAGAAGAAUGCAGAAGGUGGCAUGGAGGAGUAUGAUUCGGUUGCAGGGGCUGUUGGGGCUUAUUCUAAUUUGGAUGAGUUGAUCGUGUUCAACUCAAGAGCUAUUUUGCCUUGCUUUGUUGUAAUCUAUAGUGGCUUUUGA